GACACAAACGACCAUUUUUCAACCUACUACUGCUGUUUCUGAGGCAAGGACAGUUUUAGUUGCUAUUGUCACUACUGCUGAGACAGCAACAACUGUAGUGGCUGAGACAACAACCCUGGCUGAUACUCCAACAGAAGCAGAACGAAGUAGUACAGCUGCUGUGACAACACUGUUAGAGACAACUCCAAGUGAUGUCCCCUCAACGGAGACACAAACAACCACAUCUCAAGAAACAACUGUAGUUGGUGAGACAAGAACCGUGGUGAAGACAACUAUGGCUGAUGUCACCACAGCGGAUACACAAACAACCACAGCACAACCAAGUACUCCAGCUGCUGUGACAUCUUUAGUAGCAGAGACAACUGUGGCUGAUGUCACAACAGAGACCCAAACAACCACAGUCAAACGAACUACUGCAGCUGUUGAACCAACAGUGGUAGAGACUACUGCAGGAGAUUUCAGCACUACAGAGACGCAAACAACCUCUGGAGGAUUCCCAACAACAACAGCCAUUGAGAAAACUACUAUUGGUGUUUCAACCCCUUCUGUUUCAACAGGAUACUCUACUGACACAUCUACAUUGGCUGUCACAGCUACAGAGUUAGAGACAACUUUAACUGUUGCCACUGCUACAGAGACUCAAACAGAAACAGUUGUACCAACAGCUGUAGCUGCUGAAAUAACAACAGUGGAGAGAGCUACUACACAGACGCAAAUAACCACAGCCCAACCAACUGCUGCAGUUGUCGAAUCAACAGCACAGGUACAGACAACUGCAGCUAAUCUAACAUCCAUAGAGACACAAACAACCACAAAUCAACCAAAAACUGCAGAGACGCUAGAGACAACAGUGGCUGAUAUUACUAGUACAGAGACAGAAACCACCGUAGCGGAAGCAACUACUACAGCCGCUGAGACAACUGUGGCUGAUAUCACUUCUACCGAGAAAGUAACCACCACAGGGCGACUAACAACUGAGGUUGUGGAGACAACGACAGCUGUAGAGACAACUAUUUCUAAUGUCACUACUAGAGAGAAACAAACAACCACAGAUCAACCAACUACGGCUGCUGCUCAGAAAACAGUAGUAGAGACAACAGUUGCUGAUAUAACUACUGCAAAGACAUUAACAUCCACGACCCCGCCAACCACUGGAGCUGUGGAGACAACAGUAAUAGAGACAACUGCGGCAGGUCUCACUACUGCACAGACACUAACAACCACAAUCACAGCAACUACUGUACCUGCUGAGACAACCGUGGUACAGACAAAAGUAGCUGAUGUAACUACUGCAGAGACACAAAGAACUUCGGCCAAGCCAAGUACUGCAGCUGCAGAGACAACAGUGGUAGAGACAACUGUGGCAGGUCUCACUACUGCACAAACACAAAUAACCACAGAGCAGCGAACCACUUCAGCUGCUGAGACAACAGUGGUAGAGACAACAGUGGCUGAUGUAAGUACUCCAGGGAAAGAAACAACCCCUUUCAAAGGAACUACUGCAGCUGUUGAGACAACAAUCAGAGUAGACACUACUGUGGCUAAUGCCACUACUGCAGAGACACAAAAAACCACGGCUAAGCCAAGUACUGGAGCUGGGGAGACAACAGUGGUAGAGACAACUGUGGCAGAUCUCACUACUGCACAGACACACAUAACCACAGAGCAACGAACCACUGCAGCUGCUGAGACAACAGUGGUAGAGACAACAGUGCCUGAUGUGACUACUCUAGGAAAAGAAACAAUCCGUUUUGAAGGAACCACUGCAGCUGUUGAGACAACAAUCAGAGUAGACACUACUGUGGCUAAUUCCACUACUGCAGAGACACAAAUAACCACAGAGCAACAAACCACUGCAGCUGCUGAGACAACAGUGGUAGAGACAACAGUGGCCGAUGUGACUACUCUAGGAAAAGAAACAACCCGUUUCGAAGGAACCACUGCAGCUGGUCAGACAACAAUGAAAGUAGACACUACUGUAUCUAAUGCCACAACUGCAGAGACACAAAGAACCACGGCCAAGCCCAGUACUGGAGCUGGGGAGACAACAGUAGUAGAGACAACUGUGGCAGAUUUCACUACUGCACAGACACAAAUAACCACAGAGCAACGAACCACUACAGCUGCUGAGACAACAGUGGUAGAGACAACAGUGGCUGAUGUCACUACUGCAGAGACACAAACAACCACGGCCCAGCCAAGUACUGGAGCUGUGGUGGCAACAGUGGUAGAGACAACUGUGGCAGAUCUCACUACUGCACAGACACAAACAACCACAAUCGUUGCAACUACUGGAGGUGCUGAGACAGCAGUGGUAGAGACAACAGUGGCUGAUUUAAGUACUCCAGGGAAAGAAACAACCCCUUUCGAAGGAACUACUGUAGCAGGUGAGACAACAAUCAGAGUAGACACAACUGUGGCUGAUGCCACUACUGCACAGAUACAAAGAACCACGGCCCAGCCAAGUACUGGAGCUGCGGAAACAAAAGUUGCAGAUUUCACGGCUGCACAGACACAAACAACCAGAGUUCUGGCAACUACUGAACCUGUAGAGACAAUUGCGGUUAAUAUCACCACUACAGAGACAGUAACAACAACAGUUGAACCCACUACUGGAGCUGUUGAGACAUCAACUGUGGUUGACACAACUGUUGCUGCUAUCACCUCUUUGGAGCCAAAAACAGCUAGCUUAGAAGGUACCACUGGGUCUUCUAGUAUAACGACAUUGGCUGGAGUAACUACAGGCUCCUCAGGUUUGCGAAUUUUCAGAUUGUUUCCUUUCAUCACUAACAUCAUUUUCUAUGAUUAAAGUUUGAAUAUUAAGGGAAGUUUCUCCAUGACAUUUUAAUGCCUCUGUCCUGUUUUUUUGUUGUACUCUUUAAUGUGGUGUAUCUGUCUUUCAACAAUUGAGGUGUUUAAUCAUGCAGGUCUGACUUUCAGAUUAUAUUAAUUUUGCACAAUACUAAAAAAUGCUUACAGAUGACUUGUUGAUCUGCGUUUGUUUAGCAGCGUCUUGAGUAAAUUUUACCACAAUUUUAAAUUGACUUUUAAGGCCUGCAUAAAAUGUAUUUUUGAAAUACAUUACACUCUCAAUUGAAAAGUGUCAGUUGUCUGUCUCUUGCUCUGAAAAGAGGAUUAUUCGUCCUUGUUCUAUACUAACACACAAAAUUUCAAAAGCUUUACUUGGUGGUGAGGUCCGCACUGUGCAUUUUAAUAUCUUGUCAAGGUAUUUAGCAGGUUGGAAAAUUAACAAAUAUAAAUAUAGUGCCACUACAUGAUUCUAUGUGUCUUUUAAAUGUGUUUAUUCUUCAGUACUACUCCCAAUGAAUAUUGUGUUAAAUAUGUAAAGAAAACGUUAAGGUGGCAUUUGCUUGCAGUUCUUUACACGCUCUUGAUAAGUUAAUUUAUUGGUCUGGCUUGACGUUUGCAUUGUUCGUUAGUGAUUAAGUGUAUUUGUUCCAAGCUUAAUUCCUUUUUGAACGCCAUAUCAAGUUGUUCCAUAGCGUAUUAGGUGAGGUAAUAUAUCUAGGCCAUAUCUGAAUUACCGGAAAGGUUAAUGUUGUGUUCCUAGGUAUAGGCUUUUCUAGUUUUCAUUUGUUUGAACAUUACGCCAAUCCAAAGCAGGGCUGUGGAGUUUGAUUAUUUGUACUGCACCGGGCUUGUUUAUGUAGUCGUGUGUUUGUCUCAGCUGUGUUUCAGUUCUUUGUUUUUAUUUGCACAGUUAUUACUAACCAUAGGAAAUUUUCUGAGUGCGCACUUGUGGGAAAAUGAGUAUCUUUUCUAUUGAAGCUACCGAUGGCACAGUGCAGUCUUGCGUUUGGUUUCUUAUACGUUUGUUUUGAGGCAUCACAAGGCUGACAAUCCGUGUGUAUGUUUUUGGUCAGCGGAACUAGUUAUGAUGGGAGUUCUCUUCUUGGGCUGGAAUGCAGUGGUGUGGAGACUGGUGUGUGUACUGUGAGGCUAUUUACACGUUCUUUUCUUCUGAACACACGCACGCACCUGCCCUUGCUCUGAAAACCUUUGUUUCCCAUUCUUGUGUUCUACGUUUCUAAAGGUCCUUAGCGUCGUCUCUUCCUGGGGCGCCUAGGUUUUGCAUGUGUUUUUUAAAAUUCCUGCUGCACUACUUGUUUUCACCCUGCACCGUAAUUUGUCUACGUACACCUGCACUCUUGUUUCAAGCACAGUUCGAUACCCAGCACAGCCAAAUAGUUGCUAGAUGAUAUUGCACAGACAUACACAACGUAUUUCGUUGAUAGAAAAGGUGGAACAAGGAGUCGACAUUGAAAUGUGCAUGGCAGUUUCGUCCUCUACGUAGUAGUAGAGCCUUAACGCUACAGAUGUUGACAACCAAGUGCUGAUGGGACAUUGCUGUAAACAGUUACAUUCCUUAAAUCUCCAAUUUUUUUUGGUGAUGUUGGUAACACUUUUAGUUAGCCAUUUAACUUCCAAGGCGUUUCCCAAAUCUCCGAAGUCCUCCCUACUGGAUGAAACGUUGGAACACAUUUCAAAUUAAAGUUGGGCUAUGCAGAUGGCAAUGCGGUAGAAUCCCCUACAUUCACAGACAUUUCUAAAUGAUCUCAAAAUGGAGUGGACAUUGUUGGGAAUAAUAAUACUACUUAAAACUUCGUGAAACUGAGCUGCCAAAAAAUCUAAGGUUUCUAGAGGAUAUGAUUCAACUAAAGUCUUUGGCAUUAGCAGUCCUAAAACUUCAGUAUAAAUUUACGCAUCUGGAAGAUGACAGACAAGAUAGAUGGUGUAAGAUGAUGAUGAUUGCUAUUUUCAACGUCAAUAAUAUUAAAGCGAAUUUCUUGAAUCCAAAUGGACAGAUGCAACUAAAGAGGAAAAUUCGUGUUUGAACAGAUAUAUGACUAGCAGUGAAGUCUUUCUUUAAAGUAAUACAAACAUAGUCUUUGGGAUGGACUUUAGCUUUAGCUUUAGUUCCGCACAAAUGCUGUUUUUCUUGUUCUCAGGAAAACAUGUAGGUGCCAUUGACGAGAAUUAUUUCUGGUUAGAUUUGUAAAGCUUGUGCGUUAGUAUGUGAAAGGAGUGGUGAUUCUUGUACAGGUUUUUUCAUAGUCGUAACCUGUUAAGACCAUCACAAGACGCCAUCAGACCUACGCGAGACCUCUAGUUUGAAUU